UCUGUUCAAUUCAAAAUGUUAAUCAAGUCUAGAUUCUGGAGACGUGAGAAUUACCGGUACGACGUUUUUACUUCUAAUAGCUCAAUUACUUUGUGUUUUUUGUUGUUUCUAAAUGAAGUUUACUCCCAGCUGCAGCCUACUCGAGUAUGCGGUAUUCAGAUUGUAAUAGAUAAAUUUUUAUGGAGGAAAUUUUUAAGUGACGUGGAUACUCUUGAAGGAGAAUUAGAGGUUGAAGAGAAGAAAAGAAUUGCAAGGUACAACCUGGUAAGUUUGACCGGAAGGGUUGUGGCUCGGGCAAACAAUGUUCUAUCAAACCAGUUCCUUGGAAGGAUCAAGUAUAAGCUUAUUCUGCAGAAUAUUCAGAUUCUAGAUGAGAACUGCGGAGGUCUCUGCGAUCCUGACCUAGACCUUGAAACUUUAUUAAACACCUUCUCCUACUCCAGCAGAGAUGGUUACUGUUUAUCCUACCUCCUAACCUACAGAACUUUUGAAAAUGGAAAACUAGGACUUGCUUACACAGCAACAACAUUUCAUGGAGGGGUUUGUGAAACAUUCAGGGAACAGAAAGAAGAUUUGUUUGGAUUCGAGAGAAGCAUUAAUAAAAGUUUAAAUACAGGGAUUGUCUCCUUCCAAAGAAAUGGCAGACAAGUGUCAGAGCAGGUUGGAGCACUUACCUUCGCGCACGAGAUAGGACACAGCUUUGGUGCUGUGCACGAUCCCGAAGAGUGCGCGGGGAACGAAGAAGAUGGGACUUACUUGAUGUACAAGUCAGGCAGUUUAGGUCUAAAAAAGAACAAUAUGGAGUUUAGUUCUUGUAGUGUGUCAGCAAUGGCUGGGGUUUUAUCAAGUUUAGAACUAAGAAAACCUUUAAAUUGGUGACAAAUUUUAAAAUCUGGGAAAACUGAAUUAAAAACAACCUGUUUUGGUAAUUUUAAAAUCCUGAAGAAAAAAACAGAUUUGAUAAAGAUUUAAAAUGUCGAAACUAUUUUUGUGAAAUACAUUUAGACAUGUUA